CAUACUCAAAAGCCUACUAUCCGACUGUCUUUCCAUCGCAAAUUGAUCUAUGAAGCCAUCAUGGCAUCUAAGCCUUUGAGUUACAAUGACUACACUGUCGGAUGGAUUUGCGCCCUAUCAGAGGAGCAAACAGCCGCGACCGCGAUGCUAGACGAGAAGCACGACCCUCUUCCAAUAUCCAAUCCACACGACACCAACUCGUACACCUUGGGAGCCAUCGGCAAGCACAAUGUCGUUUUAGUCUGUUUACCUGAGAGCGAGACAGGAACCAACUCAGCUGCAAGCGUAAUCAUGCAACUGGUCAAUACAUUCCCGUCAAUCAAGUUCGGUCUAUUGGUUGGAAUCGGCGGCGGUAUCCCUCCACGCGUCCGACUUGGAGAUACUGUCGUCAGUACACCCGUCGGAGAGUAUCCUGGAGUGGUCCAGUGGGAUCUCGGCAAGGCGACUGAGACCGGCUUCGUGAGGACUGGGUCGUUGGACCGCCCUCCAAUGGUACUACUGUCGGCUUUGACGACAAUGAAGACCAACCAUGAAAUGGAAGGACACAAAAUAUCUCAAUUUCUAGAAGAGCUUACGAAGAAGUGGCCAAGACUAGCCUCCAAAUAAACGUGGAAUAAUAAGCUCAGAGACACUUUGUUCGAACAAGAAAACUCAGAUGACGAAAGAACUCCUGGUGAUCCGAAGAUCCACUACGGAUUGGUUGCAUCGGGAAACCAAGUCAUUAAAGAAAGUUCUAUGAGAGACGAAAUUAAUGCAAGAUUAGGCGACCAAGUCCUCUGUGUGGAAAUGGAGGCAGCAGGAGUGAUGAACAACUUUCCAUGCAUUGUCAUUCGAGGAAUAUGCGACUAUGCAGAUUCGAAAAAGAACGAUUACUGGCGGGGAUAUGCUGCCAGCAUAGCGGCGGCGUUUACAAAGGAGCUUUUGCAGAUAGUGCGACCUACGCAAAUUGAGGGGGAGCCUUCAGCGAAAGAUGUUUUAAAUCAGUUUUACCAAAGUGUAGGCCACAUCCGACUGAAGGUGGAUGAACAGGAAGAGAAACAGAUACUUG